AUGAGGUUUGUUAUAUGUAAAGCGUUAAUAUUUUUAUCAUCAAUGAUGGUAUUGCUAUCAACCCCAACAAGUGCAAUUUUUUCGGAGGCUGAAUUUGAAAUUAGUAACAAUCUAAAGACUGCUACUUUUAUUUCUCAAAAAUUUGAUGUGGGACCCGGAAAAGUUGCAGUGAAAACUUUUUUAGAUAUAGAAUUUCCAAAGGGUCAUAUUGGAGUAAAAAGCUUUGAUAGUGAAAUAGUUGACGAAGAAGGAAAUUCUGUACCAUUACAUGAAGCAUACCUACAUCAUUGGUUUGCAAUUAAAUACCAAUCAAAAGUAUGGAAUACUACUUCACCAGUUCCUCAUGAUCCUAUGGAAGACGCUAUUUACAUUAGAAAUCAAGGAACAUGUAAUAGUUAUAUUCUUCCAGCUUAUUGGGGAUUGGGAGGUGAAUCACGAGGAACAAUUUCAAAACUUCCAAAUCCUUAUGCUUUAGAACUUGGUGAUCCUAAAAAUAUUCCAAUUGGAUUCGAAGAAAAGUGGCUCCUCAAUCUCAUGGUAAUUGAUACACGUGGCGCAAUAGAUAAGAAAAGUUGCUCGGAGUGUAGGUGUAACCAUUUUAUUAAUUUGCCAAAGAAUUUUUAUAAUGACACAUUUGGCGUUGAUGGCAAACCAUUAUCCCCAAAUUAUAAAGGAGGAUUAUUUUGUUGCAAGGAUGAAUUACAGUGCAAAUUGAAAAAAGGUUUUGAAGCACCUAGGAGAAAGCUUGCCAUAAGAUACAAAAUAACAUGGGUUGAUUGGGACCAACAUCAAAUUCCUGUUAGAUUUUAUAUACUUGAUGCAACUGAUCGAGUAAAAAAAAUUGGUUCUCUAGUAAUCCAUGAUUGCCAGGCAGAGUAUACUAUUCCACCAAGUAAUCAUGAUAUAAAGCAUUCCCCUCAUCAUAUUCAGAAAGCAAACAUUCCAGUGGAAAAAGGUGGUUAUCUCAUCUAUGGCACUGCUCAUAUGCAUACAGGUGCCGUUAACGGAACUAUAUAUGGACAGGAUGGAAGGGUUUUGUGUACUUCAAAGCCAACAUAUGGAAAGGGAGAGGAACCAGGUAAUGAAAAAGGUUACGUGGUGGGAAUGUCUACGUGUUAUCCAGAACUAGGUUCAAUCAAGAUUAAGGAUGGUGAAAUUGUGACCAUGGAAUCUAGAUAUAAAAGUGGCUAUCGCACUGGAGUUAUGGGACAUAUGUAUAUCUAUUUGGCGGAUAGAUUACCUGAAAAUAUAUAUCGACCAACUCAGGUGUAG